AUGAAGCAUCAGGACCCAGGGAUGUAUAAAGGAUCUGCAUAUUCUGGCUACCCUUUCCUAAUGCUCUCAGAUCCUUAUCUGCCAAAUGGAUCUAUGUCACCUCUGUCCAACAAAGUUCCCGUCGUGCAGCCGUCCCAUGGAGUCCACCCGCUCACCCCGCUCAUCCCUUACAGCAACGACCAUUUCAGCCAUGGCUCCCACUCGCCCCACUUGCCCGCCGACAUCAACCAGAAACAAGGUGUGCACCGUCCUUCCCAGACCUCAGACAUCCCUGGUUUCUACCCCCUCCCUCCUGGUGGAGUCGGACAGAUCACGCCGUCGAUGGGAUGGUUCACUCACCCACUGAUGCUGGGCUCUGGCAUGCACACCACUGGCAUCCCGCACCCCGCCAUCGUGCCCCACUCCGGCAAGCAAGAGAUGGAGCACUAUGACCGAAAUAUGAAACCUCAACCAGAACCAAAGAGAGAGAAGGAAGCCAAGAAGCCCACUAUCAAGAAGCCCCUGAAUGCUUUCAUGUUGUAUAUGAAAGAAAUGCGGGCAAAAGUCAUUGCCGAGUGCACCCUGAAAGAGAGCGCUGCUAUCAACCAGAUCUUGGGAAGGAGG